CGGGCCAUCAGUUCACGAAAAUCAAGGUUAUUUAUUAUUCCUCUCUUCCGAUUUUACCCCCUCCCUCUCCCUCCCAAUUUCUCUCUCUCUCUCUCUCUCUCUCUAUUUCUUGUUAUUCUUUUUAUUUUCCGGUGAAUUCCAUAUCCAUUGGUUUGGGGGCACUGUCCUCUCUCCUCUUCUUCUCUCCUUCUUCUGCUUUGCUUGAGAGAGCGAGUCCUGAAGAAGAAGAGCUCCCCGCAAUUCCCCUCCCAAUGGCCGCCCCUUCGAUCUCUGCCCACAUAGAAACAUCUUAGGAACCGGACCCAUGUAAGCAUAUUGCUCUGCUGGGUUGCUUGUUCUGAGGGGGGGGGGGGGGGGGUUUGGAAUUCAACACGUUGUCUUGGGGCUUUAAAGCUGGUCACAGUGGUGGGAGCUUUCAUGGGUUGAACUCAGAAUAGCAAUGGGAAGCUUCAGUGAGGAGGAGGAUUGUCGAUUCUUUGACGCCCACGAGGAACUUUCGUUCCCAUCCAAUGGAUUCUGCGGGGUCGAGGUCGACGAUCCCAGUCAUGGGCUCGUCGAUUCUGCCUCAAACUGUUUCGAGUACGACAUCUGGACGAGGAGCCCACGGAGUGUUAGGGAGCGGAGGAGCAAGUUUCUCAGAUUGAUGGGGAUGAGUUCAGAUACAAUGGGGACUUGUUCUGGGGAAUUACAGAGUGGCGAAUUACUGGAGGGGGAGGUGGGUAGAGUUAUGGAGAGUAGUGGGGCUGUGCUGAGAAGCUCGGGUUUAGUGGAUGACUUCUGUUCCAGUCGUUCCUCGAACUCGUGCUGGUCUAGCAAUACCUCAGAGUGGUCUGGUGAGGAGGAGAGAUUUGUGCCUAGGCAUGAGGGUUUGAAUGGUGGAAGCACCUGUAGUGAACGAUGUCGGGAAAUGGGAGGGCCCUCUCUUUCAUUCCAGGAGCUGAUCGAGAAGGAAUCUCCCGAGGGUAACAAUAAGAACGACUCCCUGGAGACAAUAAUUAAGGGACACAAAAAGAGUUGGCUUACUAGAUUACGUAGCCUCACUUGUGUUGUAGAUAGGCAAGGGGUGAAAGGGAACAGUAAUGCUGAGGACGGGCCUAGGGCCCAGAAGGUGAAAGUCCGGCACUGCCAGAAAAGGCUCAAGGAGCUCUCUGCCCUGUUCACAGGCCAGGACUUUCAGGCUCACAAUGGUCCAAUUCUCAAGAUGAAGUUCAGUCCCGAUGGUCGGUUCCUCGCCAGUGCAGGAGAAGAUGGCGUUGUGCGACUAUGGAAAGUCGUGGAGGAUCAACGGUCAAAUGAGCUGGAUAUACCAGAGAUUGAUCCCUCGUGCAUCUAUUUCACAGUGAAUCAGCUCUCUGAGCUGACUCCAUUGUUUGUGGAGAAGGAGAGGACAGGAAAGCCAAGGAGUCUGAGGAAAACCCCGGAUUCUGCUUGUGUUAUUUUCCCCCCCAAGGUCUUCCGGUUAUUGGAGAGGCCAGUGCAUGAAUUCCACGGGCAUAGGGGCGAGAUUCUGGACCUCUCUUGGUCCAACAAUAAUUAUUUGCUAUCAUCUUCUGUAGAUAAAACAGUUCGCCUGUGGAAAGUGGGUUCGGAUCACUGCCUUGGAGUCUUUAAGCAUAGUAAUUAUGUGACGAGUGUGCAAUUUAAUCCGGUGGAUGAUAACUUCUUCGUCAGUGGUUCGAUAGAUGGCAAAAUUCGAAUCUGGGCUGUUCCAGGAUGUCAAGUGGUUGAUUGGACUGAUAUACGGGAGAUUGUAACAGCUGUUUGUUAUCGUCCCAAUGGGCAGGGAGUGAUUGUUGGAUGUAUGUCUGGAAGUUGCCGAUUUUACAGUGUCUUAGAUAAUCGGUUGCAAUUGGAUGCUGAAAUAUGCUUAUGCAGCAAGAAGAAGUCACCUUGCAAAAGGAUAAUUGGGUUUGAGUUUUUUCCGCAAGACCCAAGCAAGGUGAUGGUCACGUGUGCUGAUUCGCAGAUCAGAAUCCUGCACGGGAUCAAUGUAAUUAGCAGAUAUAGAGGCCUCCGAAGUUUAGGAAAUCAGACAUCUGCAUCCUUCACAUCAGAUGGGAAGCACAUAGUCUCAGCUUCGGAGGACUCGAACGUGUAUAUAUGGAAUUGCAGCAACCAUGAAGAUCCCACUUUCUCUGAAACAAAAGCCAUCAGAUCAUGUGAACGUUUCUCAUCAAAUGCCAGCGUGGCAAUUCCAUGGUGUGGGAUGAAGUACAAAAAUUCAGGAAAUGAAUGGGAGUUUGGAGUGUCAGGCAAUAGUCAGGAGUUGGAAGAAACCGUCCCUUCCACUCCUGCUUGUUUCUCAUUGGGCCAGGAAUUCGUCUUGGAUACUUUUCCUAAGGGAUCGGCUACCUGGCCAGAGGAGAAGCUGCCCACCUCGAGUCCACUGGGCUCUUCGCCCCCAAUGCAUCGGUCCCAAUACAAGUUCCUCAAGAGCUCAUGCCAGAGCACUUCGAAUUCCCAUUCAUGGGGCCUUGUUAUCGUGACUGCAGGAUGGGAUGGGAGAAUUCGGUCUUUCCUCAAUUACGGGCUGCCGGUGCCCCUUUGAAAACCUCAAUGGUCUCCGGGCUACAAGGGCCGCAUUGAAAUCUCAGUGGUACAGCUUGCAGAGCUGGACUGAUACCAUCUUUUUAGAUCAGAACACAGGGAGUUUGGCCUUUCUUGUAGCAUAUCUUGUGCUCGUACCAGACUCAGAUAGGGCUGUAGCUGAUGAAAAGAUGCACAUGAUGGGGGCAAAUAUCCAUUAAAGCAGCUAAUCAAGGUUUAGCAUCUCAAGAACAUGUCUAUCGACUCCAGCUGCAGCGCCCCACUGAGCUUUCGGUCGAGAUUUUUAGUAAGUGGUUGGGAUCUCUUCUCCAGAUCUCUCUGCCCCAUGACCUUUGCUCUGGAUUCGUCCCAAGAAAAGGUUGUCUCUCCAUAUCAACCAAGAAAAGACACGCAAAUUGUAUAUUUCCGGAGAUUUGACGUGAUCAUUCUGCAUGACAAUGGAGGUGACGGUGGGACCAAUGAGACAAACCAAAGAGGGUAAAAAAAAAAAGGAGGAGGCUUGGGCUUUAAUUCCCACAAUGGGAGAAAUGAGGAUAGAGUAUAUCUAGAGCUGGUGGCUGGAGUUGGUUCUUGAAAGGAAAUGGUGGGGGACGUUUACCAUAAUAAUAUGUUGGCUGGUCUGAAAUGAUUGAGGGGUUUGUCUGCCAUUUUUGCUUUUAUAUAUUUUUCGUAUCCUUUCGAUUUUGUUCGUCCCGUUCCCUCUCCUCGUAGGGUCGGGCUCGCCACGCAGGGUGUUGGGACGAGGAUCGGGACAUCAUCUUCCUAUGUCUGGUGAAAAGGAAAGGAAAUGGAUCCCUUCUUUAUUAGCUGCUUCAGAACAGAUGAGUACUGACCUUUGAUGGGCUUAUCUUGAUUGAAAUGCCCAGAAGAAGAAUUCUUACUAACUGCUAUCCAUGGUCUAUCAAGUAUGCCUAGAUUUAAGUAGGAAUUCUCUUAUUUUUCUUUUUCUUUUCUAUUUUGGUAAAUGAGGUGAAAAAAAUGUAAUUUGAGGAAUUUUAGGAAAUUGUAAUAUGUAAGUGUAGAUAAAGAAAAUUUUGUUGUAGAUUAGGUUUAAAUUAAAGAUUUCAGCUCUUGUAUAUGCUUUGUAUCAGAAAGAGACAGAUGGGUCAAUUCCAAUAUUCUUUGGUUUUUCUCUUCUA